UUGUCUAUUGUAUUAAGUCAGAAAUGACAUUGAUAUCAAAUUUUAAUCAUUUCUGUGUCAAAAUUGAAGUAUUGUCUACAAAUAAAUUCAUCUUUUCUGAUGGUAAAACUUAUUCUGCAGAAAUACAUCAAUAUUGUUGACUCUUAAAUAAGAUAAUGUGAUUGACAAAAGUACAAAAAAAAACAGAUUUUCAAAAAUGAGAAGAGAAUUUAUAUUCGGUCUCUUAGGCUUUGUUAGUGUAUCAACAAUAUCUUCCCUAUUAUCUGGGUCUACACAACUGGACCCAGAUAAACAGCUUCUCGAUUGGGAAGUCGGUGUGGUGGAGGCCGGCAACUUCACUUACUGGAUGUCAGGGUAUCCUGGCUAUGGAUUGAUUAUAGAGUUGACAUCUCUGACCGGCGAUGCUGACUUGUACGUUGGGGAUAUGUUGAGGCCUGGUUAUGAGCCGGAGAAGAACAACUUCAGCUCCAUCACGUGCGGCCCCGACAUGGUGCACGUCCCGGCCAGCUUCCCGAGGCCCGUGGGUAUCGGAGUCUUUGGUCACUGGUCCCACCAGCUAUCGGAGUACAGCAUCCAGGUGUUCUGGGACACUUCGGCUGUCCUGAGCGAGCACCAGAUGCGACUCAUGGACAAGAUGAACGGAGUUGUCGUUGAGCAAGAGACCAAGGUUCGUGAGAAGCCUGUCCCGCGCAAGGCUGACGAGCAGCCGAAGACUCGGUUCCUGAAGUUCACCAGCUUCCUCGACAUGGUGUUCGAGAUGUUCGUCCUAUAGGUAGCGUGGCGGCUUUUAAGCCACAUUGAGACUUUGAGUGAACGUUACGAGCCGUACUCGUUCGAGGGUCAGUUUUAAUAGCUGAGACCUCAACGUAGAGGCCCAGUGCCACGGUGUGAACGAGUUCAGUUUAAACCUAGUUUAAUUAUGAAUUUAUGAUCAGUGUUUCUUCUUAUACAGAAAAUUGUCGUGUUACGGUGUGAUGACAGCUCCUCCGAAACGGCUCGACCGAUUUUAGUGAACUUUUGUGUACGUAUUGGGUAGGUUUGAGGACAAUGACUAUGUUAUUUUUCAUUCCCUCAUUUUUUUAUUCCUUGAGAAUAAUUGUGGUGGCAAAACAACGUUUGCUGGGACAGCUAGUUUAUCUACACCACUGUAAAGUUUGUGAGUUUGUUGCAGGUCGUAAUCUCAGUAUAUAGCGAAGUGAUUUUGAAAGGUUUUAUGUUAAGAAGCCAAGUAUUUAUCUGAAGAAUAUUAUCUCAAUGGAAGCGUUUGGCUAAAAGUUAAUUUUUGAUAAUAAAGAUCAGUGCUUUGUUUAAGAUGUAAUAUAGAUCUUGCACACGUCGCCAUUAGACGUGCUUUAGUAUAAUGGACGAAUUUGAACACAAGGUCUGCGUUAAAUGAUGUAACGGUUUACUCACGCGUAUGUAUCGGGAUCGCCCGACUAGUUUCGGACUCAACCGGAGUCCUUA